AUGAACGCGCUUUCAGCUUCGCCCGCCAACCAGACGUCAGAGACCAGAUCACUGUGGUUUCAUUCACGAUACGACGUACACCGCCGCGAUCACACAGCAUUUCAGCUGUGUGCGACCACACCUGAUCGACUUCAAGAUGGUUCAUCACUGUGCCAUGGCCCCAGGAAACUCCUCCGGGUACUAGAGACUAUGGAUCGACACGAUAGCGACAAAAUGCUACACCUUGGGCCUCGCGAGAACUAUGCACCAGAAGUGGCACCUUCUGAUCAGCCUGUGCUACAUCACCACGACUCCGAAGGACUUCAAGCCAAAGAGGAUGAUUCCAAGGUCGUCGUUGAGCAAGUAGAGACUACAGAAGAUAAAGAAGUCCUCGCUCCGGCUGCCCCUCGACGACGGAAGAGAUGGAUUUUGGCUGGUCUAUUCACGAUCGUCCUCGUGGUCGGGCUAUCGACCGGUCUGGGCGUGGGACUGAGGAGCGGUAUCGACAACAACGUGAACAAUGCUCCGCGAGCAGAGAUCACUCCGUCAGAACAAGACUCCCUAGACCCUCACGAAAACACACUGCCCAACAAAUCCAGUCUCCUACUAUCACUACCACCAGAACUCCGCUCCUGCAUCUACUCCCAUCUCCUCCCAACCGGUACAGCCCUGGAGUACGACCACACCUGGUUCUACGACAUCUCCACCGGCCAAGGACUAGCAACCGUAACAUCGCACGCCACAGACGACGCACCUCACCUCCCAAACGUGGCAACUUUGAACAACAUCUGCCACCUCAUCCGCCACGAAGUCAUCGACCACUACUUCAGCCGCAACACUUUCGUCCUCGCUGAGGACAACCAGACAGACCGUCUGGAGAGGUGGUUACACUGCAAGUCAGAAGCGGCGUUUCGCUCGUUGCGGCGGGUCGUCAUUGAACACUGGGCCGUUUGUGGUGGGACGCUUGAGCAUGGACGGGAUGAGUGUUUGAGGCGCAUGUUUGUGGAUCUGGAGACGUUGGAGAUGAAGCCUAUGCGUGAUGUGGGUGGACAUGAGGAGGAGUGGAGUUGUGCGCAGUGCGCGGUAAGGGCUGAAGGCUGGCCGGCGGAGGUGCAGAAGGAUGUAAUGUUUGAGGAGUUGAGGAAAGGGUGGGAGUUUGGAACAAUCGGAGCGGGAGAUGUGGAGCGGUUGAUUGCUGUGGUGAAGGAUGUUGGGAAUAGUGCGAGGAGUGCUUGA